GAUAAACAAGAAGAAGCAAAAAGCAGAUGGAAAGAAGGAAACUUUAAUGUCUACCUCAGCGAUUUGAUCCCCGUAGACCGAGCCAUAGCGGACACCAGGCCUGCCGGGUGCAGCGCCGAGCGCUGUUUGGUUUUGAUACUCGUGUGUUUGGUUCCUGGAGCGCUCCUGCACCCUGUCAAUUUGGCUCGGCAGCAGAAGACCCCCCUGCCCACAGGUGCUCUCACACCUGCAAGCUGCCGCUGCCCUUCCCUGGAGGCAGAGGCACCCCAACGACCUCCCCUGCCCGAAGGGCCCGCUGGGGCUACAAAAGCCUCUGCAGGAGACAAAGGCAUGCGCUGAGCGCUGACGUGAUUAAGCGGGCACACACCGGCCUGCUGUCGAAGCGGUCCGGGGGAUGCUCCCAGGAGCGAUCCCUUUAUGCGGACCAGUGGCACCGCUGCUCUUGUGCUGCAGAGCACUGCGGUCGGUACCCACUCUGCGGAGUUGGCUCGGGGGACUCGGAUCUGUGGGCACACGCAGGGAGGGAUGCAGGGUUUUGAUUUGGAAAACUGUCAUUCGGUUACAGCUGUCCCCGCGCAAUGUGUAGCUGGUUCUGCAAAUCUCAGUACUGCCCUUCAAAAAAGACACUCGCUCCCCGCAGUCCCCAUAGAAAGGAAAAGGGUAAGGUGUGGGCAGCGCCGUGCCGACGGAAGGGGUAAGGGGCUCGAGGGGUCCCUCUCCUGAGCUGCUGUGCCUGGACAGCUGCAGGGAGGGUCCAGGGAAGGUGGCAGUUCAGGUGAAUGGCAGGUUCGUCUCUUAUACUCAGCUUUUCCUGCUGCAAACAUCUCUCAGCCCCUUGGCAGGCGAGAGACCUGCCUCAUCCAGAGACCCUCCCAUCUCCCUCUUCCCACGCUCACAGACCACGGGUACGGUGGGAUGGGAGUUGUGCCGUGAUUCGUCCCCCAUCCACAGGACAACGCACAGACAUUCCCACGGCGCUGUCGGUGCUCACCUGUGAGCUGAGGUGGGACCCUGCACGGGAAGGAAUGGGGCAGGGAAGGAGGGAGACAACUAGGACUGCUUUCUUCUGGGCAGAGGACGCCAGCUACAGAAGCCAGCUGUGCACAGAAAAAGAACCAUGGUGCCCAAAGCCAGCACUGCGUUUGGUCUUUGACAGCAAAGCCCUGGAGCUGCGGAGCAGAAACCACCUCCCAGGAGCGUCCGUAAGCGCAGCCUGCCUGCCUCUGGUGAAUCACACGCCUGUCCAGAAGGAGAUGUCAUUGUGGUCUGGGCGUCACGGUGAACGCCUCGGCCAAACAGGGGUGCGUCCCUGACGGUGCUGCCAGGGAAGGUGUGCUGCCAUGACAGGGCACGGGGCCACGGGGAGCUCCCCUGGGUGCCCCGGCGCCGGCAGGAGCCUGUGCAGGCUCUGCCCUCAGCCCGUUGGCACGGCAGAAAUCAGGUCGUAAGGGCCAGCUCACGUUAGUAAGGGCCAGCGCGUUACUUUUUUGCUGGAAUCUUCCGAUCUCUCCCAGUUUAGGCUGCAGUUCCUCUUGUGAUCCUUGCAGGAGUGCUGGGCUAGACCACUGAAAUUUGGCCAACGGGAAACUUGUGCUGUCACAGCCUUCAGUCUGCCUAUCCACCUGCAACGCUUGCUGCUUUCUGACCUUCGCUUACCACGCUGGUGCUUGCUGCACACCACGCAUCCGCAGAAAUGCGUGCAGGAAGAAUGCCACCAAGGAGGAGCGAGGUGCACAAGCCACGCAGGUGAAGGCCGGGGGUGGCCAGGAGGGUUGCAGGGAGCGUUCCCUGCGGACCCCGGUUCAGGAGCCCCGGACCCCGUUUCAGCCCAACACCGCAGCGCCGGCAGUCCCUGCGUGCCUCUGACCUCUCCCCAGGCUACCGUCCUAGCUCCUCUGGGACAAUCAAGUCGUGUGGGUUUAGAUAGGGACCCAGAUUUCCUAGCCUGGCAAAAAAAAUGUCGCAUGCUGCAUGGCACAGUACAGUCUGGGUAGGUUAGCAUCCGUGCUGGCAGGCGUGGGGAGGGACCCCUGCGGCUCAGGUCUUCAGUGCCAGGCUGCUUCCAGACUCCGUGGCAGCAGAUCUAAGGUGACGUUUUCCCAAAGCAACUUUAGUAACUUAAGAGCCUACUUUUUGCUGACUUUCAGGGUGGUGUCAACAGAACAUAAAGGCUGUGAGCUAUUUUUGUUUGAAAGCCUGUUUUAGGGGUGGAAUUUUGAAAGGAUCUGACUUCUACUUAACAUUAGUUAUAUGUAUUAAGUAUUACAUAUGCAUAUUUCAAAAUAUAUAUAUGUAUGUACAUAUACGUAUAUAGUUACCAAAGAAAUGGAGCCCAAACUCACACAGGACAUAGUGAAAUAUCUUUAGCCAGGGGUCAGCAAUAACAAACCCAUUGCUCUCUGCCUAGAAAUCCUACUUUUUUAGGCAAGAAGGGAGAAAAAGGCGUUCCUCAGUUUGAGGUUUCCCAUCGCCCUCGCGUGGACGCUUUCCAGCUGCCCCAGGAUAUGCGCAGGCUUUGGCCGAGAGCCCGUUUGCAGCUAAUGAGAGGGCUGAAGAGAAAAGUCCUCUUAGCAGGAGUCCUGCCGGCGUGCCCAAACCAACCUUCCCGCGCUGCAGAGAGGUCCCAUCGCCACAGGCCAAUACCCUUACGGUUUCCAGCCAAACCAUAUCAAACAGCACAUCCCCUCCUGGCUGAGCCAGCCCUGACCGCUGCCCAAGGUGACCCAGAAGCUAAGACACGUCCCAAGGAUUGCAACAGAGAGUAACUCUGGGGUUAUUUUUGCUCACCCAGAGCGCUUCUGAUUAGCUGCGAAGCCCUGAAAUACCUCUGAAUUUUCUUCAAAACAUCACAUGGUCUGAGCUGUGCGGUGCCCUGGCAUCAGCAUCUGAGCCAGCACCAGCCAAACCCGAGGGCCCGUUCAUUGAGAUAGAAGAAAAAGAAGUCAAUUUUCUGUACGCUCCUAUAUACCUGUCCCUGUUUUCUGUCUGUUCUUGGCAGCAGAGUGAACAGUGUUUUUGAUUCAUCACUGAGAAAUGAAUUUUCUGCAUCCGCAGGUAGGCUGGUGCCUGUCCUGCCUGCGGGAGGUCUGCUCUGGAAGGACGAGACAAAAACCUGCUAUCAGACUUCAGCUUAUUGACGAGAGAGAGAAAGCAAGUCCCAGCGAUUCGUGGGUAUUCUGGGAUGAACCAGGCGGUCUGGGGGAGAGGAGCACUACGCCAGGCGUUCUGCAGGCCUGGAGAUCCACUUGGAGAUAGGAGAGCUGAGGGAGCCCUGCUCCCCAAGGCACGCAGCAGAGCGGUGCUUGAAUUGCAAAUGGAAGAUGAGAAAAGCUGCUCAUCGACCUUUUGUUCAAACACUGAAGACCCAGGCCUGACCCAGCCGCUGCAUUUUUGGCUGUCACAGAAUAAAAUGACAAACCCAUAGACACGGGAGAAAUUUUAUCACUCCUCAGAUCCGCCAACGCGUAUCGCUGGCUGUUUGCGAGGGAAGCAGGUGCCACUCGGAGCCCCCGCACGUGGGCUCGGGGCACGACCGGCCGGGACGGAGCAUCCCUGGGGAGGCGUGGGUGCUCAGAGUGUGAGAUACGGGGUGCUCAGGGAGCAGACCCGCCAGUACCAUCGUACAUGAAAUUUGGAUGCUUGAAUAUUUUCCCGUCCUCCACGAUCCCCUGAGCGAGGUUGCAGAAGUUGGACUGGACGACUCUUCCUCGCUGUCUGUGUGUUUGACAAGUUGCUGUGCUGAGUAACCCUUCAUGGAAAUAAAUGGCCGUUUGCCGGAAUUUUGAAUGUAAUACCAAUUCUUUUCUUUUGACGAGGCUGUCUCAUGCAGCCCAGGAUCCCAAACCCUGUGGAUGCUCGGAGCACCGCAGGAUCCUUUCCUCACAGGAGUCCCCAAGACGAGUAGUGCAGAGCUGGGAUCGGCCUCGCUGUCCGGGGCCCUUGCACUGUUUGCUCACAGAGAGGACAUGUUAUCACCUGGGGAAAACACUAAGCCUGGAGAUUCUCAGGAGCGCGACCGGCCGUUGCCUGUGAGCCCGUGUUGCCGUUGCAGGUGCUCCGAGCAGCGGGUUCACGACGACCUCCCGACCACCACCAUCGUCAUGUGCUUCGUGGAUGAAGUGUGGUCCACCCUCCUGCGCUCCGUUCACAGCGUCCUCAGCAGAUCUCCUCCGCACCUGAUUGAAGAAGUCAUUUUGGUGGACGACUUCAGCACUAAAGAGUACCUCAAGGAGAAGCUGGACAAAUACAUGUCGCAGUUCCCAAAAGUGAAGAUCCUCCAUCUCAAGGAGAGGCACGGUCUAAUACGGGCCAGACUGGCAGGAGCGGAGAUCGCCAAAGGCGCCGUCCUGACGUUCCUGGACUCGCACGUGGAGUGCAACGUGGGGUGGCUGGAGCCGCUGCUGGAGAGGGUCCGCCUGAGCCGGGCCAAGGUCGCCUGCCCCGUCAUCGAGGUCAUCAGCGACAAGGACAUGAGUUACAUGACCGUGGACAACUUUCAGCGUGGGAUUUUUACUUGGCCAAUGAAUUUUGGAUGGAGGCAGAUUCCACAAGAGGUCAUCGAGAAAAAUAAAAUCAAGGAGACUGAUAUAAUAAGGUGCCCAGUCAUGGCAGGUGGCCUGUUUUCCAUCGAUAAGAAGUAUUUUUUCGAGCUGGGAACGUAUGACCCAGGACUGGAUGUUUGGGGAGGUGAAAAUAUGGAGAUUUCAUUCAAGGUCUGGAUGUGUGGGGGAGAGAUUGAGAUUGUUCCAUGCUCCAGAGUUGGGCACAUUUUCAGGAACGACAAUCCUUAUUCCUUCCCGAAAGAUCGGGUGAGAACGGUGGAGAGGAACUUGGCCCGUGUUGCGGAGGUCUGGCUGGACGAGUACAAGGAGUUAUUCUACGGCCACGCUUACCACUUAGUCUUGAAAAACCUGGAUGUCGGCGACCUGACUCAGCAAAUCCAACUGCGAAAGAAGCUUCAGUGCAAAAGUUUCCGGUGGUACCUGGAGAAUGUCUACCCGGACCUGGAAGCUCCCCUGGUUAAAGCCAGCGGGCUGCUUGUUAACGUAGCCAUGGCAAGAUGCGUCACUGUGGAAAACACCACUCUAGCGUUUGAGGCAUGUGACGUUAACAACAAGAACCAAAAGUUCAACUACACCUGGCUGCGGCUGAUCCGGCACGGAGAGCUCUGCGUCGCACCGGCCGGCGCUGCGGGAACGCUGGGCCUGCGCCGCUGCAAGGACAGGAGCCGCAGCCUGGCGUGGCUGCACAGGUCGCUGGCCGCCUUCCAGCCGGAGCUGACGGACCACAUCGUCUCAGAGCACCUCCAGCAGCCGGCGUGCUUGGAAGUGGAUCCCUCUCACAAAGCCCUGAGGGUAAAUGCCUGUGACUCUGCAAAUCCUUAUCAAAAGUGGCAGUUUGGCAAUUACUAUGCAGACUGAAGGGAACACAGUUGAACCAGAAAUGCUGUGUUUUCAUCUUGCGAAUUCAGCAAGGACAUCUGUGUGACUUGUGACAGCAAUUUGAAAACUGGAAGUUCAUUUCCAAAUCAUAAUUGAAAUCCGUAAUUUAAACCAGCAUAUUGAGAGAUCAGAAUACCAAGAGCAGCACAUCUGGUUUAAUGAUGUCUGAAACAGAUAGGCAUGUUUUUCCCUCACUCUGGGAGACUUUGGCAAAAACUCAAAUAAUUUUCUGUAUUAUUAAAUGGAAAUAUUUUCUGAAGUCCCCCAUCCUACUGUAAGCAAACCUUCAUCAGUUCCCCCCGGACAACAGCAUAAGCUGCAGAAAUAUUUCCAGGGCUUUGUAAACAGCAAAUUGGGCUGCUUAUUCUUCAACAGAAAAUGGUAGUUUAUUGACCAAUGCAUUAAAAAAAAAUCCAUCUGACAUGCCCGUGCUGGGUCUGGCCACAGGAUCCUGCCCUGUGGGACCCGUUGCCUCUGACAGAUGAGUAUCAGGGUUCUGUUAGGAAUCGAUUGCUUAUCGAAAAAGCCUUCUUUUAAUAAUGGGAGGCAAAUGUGAGUCGAUAAGCCGCCCAGCAGACGAGGCGAACCGGGGGCUGCGGAAGAAGCAACGAGCACGCCUUGCCCGCGCCCUGAGGACAGCGAGGACACGUGUGCCUUUGCUUUGCUUGGAGGUGAGAGGAGCUGCCGGGGAGGAGAACCGGGGGCUUAUCCUGCUUCUUGCCGGCAGCACGCACCAGAGGCCGGCCGGGGAGCAUCGUGUCCCCGGGCGGCCGGGCUGUCCCCGCCACGGGGCUGCCGGGGCCCCAGCUGUGUCCCCGAGCCCCCCGUGGCUUUUUCGGGGCUCACCCAGGACCACCGCCGCUUUCCUCGGCCCCCAGCCGGCCGCGGCAUUGGGUCGCGCUGGUGCCCGUGCCAGAGCCUGGUGAUGCUCGGCGCAGCCCCGAGCAGGGUGGCUCGCCCUGCUCCUGCCAGGGCCAUCCCAAGGGAAGCUUUACCUGCCGGCAGCACGGGCUGGGCAGCUCUCCCAUGGUGGUGUGUCCCCACCGUGGGCGGAGGGAGGGCAGAGCCCUCCAGCAGGAUGUCUCACAACCUGAAACUUCUACCCGCCAGCGCUCAGGAUGGUUGAAAACACCCGCUGAACUCGGUGAGGGCUUUUCCUCGAAGGGCUGCAGAACACGAGU